UCUCCACAUGAGGAGAAGGCCGGAGUCGGAGGGCGUGAAGGACGAGGUUAGCAGAGGCAUCAGCAGAGAAGGCGGUCAGUGUUCAUUGCGUCGGCGAGACAAAGGAGCCGCCUCGAGCCGCGUAGGCCAUUCUUUUAGUACGCUACUUGCCGUCCCUCCUAACCGUUCUCGCAUACCAUCUGUUCGACGAAAUAACAUUAGCUAAAUUCCUUGGAUUAUUAUUUGCCAACGUGCUGUCCUUGCAGUCCAUUUGGGCAUCAGGAAAUUGCCUAAACAAUGUGGAAAUGACAACUGUUUGGGUUUUAAUAUCAGCCUAAACAAUGAUCAAAGGUGGUCAACUCUCCUCAUGUCAAUACCACCUGUAUGUUGCUAUCAACUCCACUGGCACAUUUAGCUUCUCACCCUAAAAGAAAGAUAUCAUUUCUAAGUGUUUCUCAAGAAGCACACAAAUCUAUGUUUUGGGAGUCUAAACACUUCAAAUUCAAAUCAUCUGCAAGCUGAUUAGUGCGGUAGUAAACAUGGCAUGUUGAUGCAGUCUCAUCCUCUGCUUGCCAAAGACCACACAAUUGAGGAGAGUCAAUAGAGAGAAGGGGAGAAGAGAGAGAGAAAGAGAGAGCAGUGGGUCUUCUUCUAUGGCAAAGAGCCUUGCUCCGAAUGAUCGGUGUGUAGAAGAAGAGUACUUUGACAUGGACUUCAGCUGCGCCGCCUCCUUGUGCUCUUCUCCUCCACAUUCCACGGAGUUUGAGUUCCAAAUGAGUGGCGAACCGCCGGAGAGCCAGACCAUGGCCUCCCCUGCAGAUGACCUCUUCUACAAGGGGAGGCUGCUGCCUCUCCACCUUCCGCCGCGGCUGCAGAUGGUCGAGCAACUCCUACACGCCUCGGACCACAUCGAGAAGAGUGCAGUCGUCACGUGCGAGUCGGGCGAGCUCCAUGAAUUCUCCGACGAGCUCAUCCGAUCGCACCCCAAGAAGGCAUGGACAAGGAAGCUGAAGCUCGUGAAGGGAGCCACGCUCGGUCUGAGCCUGAAAGCUUCGAAGGGUUAUCUCAAGUCCUUGUUCAGCAAACCCGAUUGUCCCAGUGAGAAGGCAGCAAAGAAGAACCCUUUCGGGCGAGUCAGAAUCGGAAGCUCCGUGAAGAACAAAGAGGAGAAGAAGAUGACGGAAGAGGAGAACUCGGAUGAAAGGAGGUCUUUUUCUGGUGCAAAUCACUGGCAGUCCGCGACCAAGUCCUCCGUUUCUACAUCGUAUGCUUCCUCCAAAUCCUCCUCCUUCUCGAGCGUGAAUUCUACUGAAUUCCAUGGACAACAGAUGCUGCGAAGGAGCAGCAGUGCGAACUCAGACGUGGAGAGCUCGAUCCAAGGAGCAAUUGCUUACUGCAAGAAGUCUCAACAGGAGGAUUCCGCAAGAAAGACUGCAAAUAAUGUGGGGUUCUGUCUACUUCCUGCUUCCAGAAUUGCACCGGAUUGUGAACCCGAGAAGACAGCAUUUCUUGUGGAGUGACAUGAAUGAUGAACAUGGCAUUAAAAGGAUUGAAGAGUUGUAUGUGUUUUUUUGCUGUGCUGUUGUUUGAUCCAUGGACUAGAAAGCCAAGUUCUGUGUGCUCAAUCAAAAUUGAUCCGAGAACUGUUGGUGAAGCUUUCUCCAAGAAAUUCUUCGGAAGUAGUGAUGUCUUAGGUUUAAU